AUGUCCGCACCCAUAGCAUGGCAUCACAUAUUGAAAUACAUCAUCGUCGGCAACUCUGGCUGCGGCAAGUCAUCCAUCCUCGUCCAACUCACCGACAAGAGAUUCUUGGGCGCAGGGGCCGAUCCUACUAUUGGCGUUGAAUAUGGUUCGAGCAUCGUCGAGCUACCGAACGGCAAGCUCUGCAAGAUUCAGAUAUGGGACACCGCGGGCCAAGAGUCGUUCAGAUCGAUCACCCGGUCAUACUAUCGGGGAGCCGAAGGAGCACUGCUCGUCUUUGACGUCACUCAUCGGUCCAGCUUCCUGGCCCUGCAAGGCUGGCUAGACGAUCUCAGGACAUGGGGCGAGGAGGGCAUCACCAUCCUCGUUGUCGGCAACAAGGUCGACCUCGUAGAGCGGGCGGCAGAGAAUGGGCGGCAAGGGGCAAGCGAGUCUGUAAAGCGCGAAGUGAGCGAGAAUGAAGCGAGGGAAUGGGCGCAGAACGAAGGACUCGAGUAUCUCGAGACGAGCGCAAAGACGGGCGAGAACGUCGAGCGAGCUUUCAAACAAACUGCGACAGAGAUACAUGCCAAGAUCGAGAAGAGGAAGAUCAAAGACCGCGCGAGAGGAGGAGGGUCGAGCUUCCCUCUGACUACCGGAGCGAGUCAGGCAGCCAAAGGGUGCUGCUGA